AUGGGGCUUGUUGAUAAAAGUUCUAUAAGCCCGCUGUUAGAAAGAUUUCAUUCACUGUCGAGAGUAAGUUUCCAUUCACUGUCGAAAGUAAGAUUUCAUUCACUGUCGAGAGUAAGAUUUCCAUUCACUGUCGAGAGUAAGAUUUCAUUCACUGUCGAGAGUAAGUUUCCAUUCACUGUCGAGAGUAAGAUUUCAUUCACUGUCGAGAGUAAGUUUCCAUUCACUGUCGAGAGUAAGAUUUCAUUCACUGUCGAGAGUAAGAUUCCAUUCACUGUCGAGAGUAAGAUUUCAUUCACUGUCGAGAGUAAGUUUCCAUUCACUGUCGAGAGUAAGAUUUCAUUCACUGUCGAGAGUAAGAUUUCAUUCACGGUCGAGAGUAAGAUUUCAUUCACGGUCGAGAGUAAUAUUCCAUUCACGGUCGAGAGUAAGAUUCCAUUCACUGUCGAGAGUAAGAUUUCAUUCACUGUCGAGAGUAAGAUUUCAUUCACGGUCGAGAGUAAGAUUCCAUUCACGGUCGAGAGUAAGAUUCUAUUCACUGUCGAGAGUAAGAUUCCAUUCACUGUCGAGAGUAAGAUUCCAUUCACUGUCGAGAGUAAGAUUCCAUUCACUGUCGAGAGUAAGAUUUCAUUCACUGUCCAGAGUAAGAUUUCAUUUACUGUCGAGAGUAAGAUUCCAUUCACUGUCGAGAGUAAGAUUCCAUUCAUUGUCGAGAGUAAGAUUCCAUUCACUGUCGAGAGUAAGAUUCCAUUCACGGUCGAGAGUAAGAUUCUAUUCACUGUCGAGAGUAAGAUUCCAUUCACUGUCGAGAGUAAGAUUCCAUUCACUGUCGAGAGUAAGAUUCCAUUCACUGUCGAGAGUAAGAUUCCAUUCACUGUCGAGAGUAAGAUUCCAUACACGGUCGAGAGUAAUAUUCCAUUCACCGUCCAGAGUAAGAUUACAUUCACGGCCGAGAGUAAGAUUACAUUCACUGUCGAGAGUAAGAUUACAUUCACUGUCGAGAGUAAAAUUACAUUCACUGUCGAGAGUAAUAUUCCAUUCACUGUUGAGAGUAAGAUUCCAUUCAUCGUCGAGA